CUGCCUCCCGGCGUGUAACGUGCUCGGAACCGAGCGAGACUCUUCAAAAAAAAAAAAAAAAAGAAAGUGAGGUUAAAAAGGUGGUGUCGGUGGCACUUUUUGGGCUUUGUUUUUUUUGCCAUCCGGCAGAGUCCGGACGGAACGUCCGCUCCGAGCUUCCGCGUCGAAACGACGACAUGGAGCGCUGCUGCUGCUGAUCGGCGAGCGGAGCCGUCCGCGCAUCAUCUCGGGUCGGCGUCGGCGUCGACGUCUGGCGGUCCGGCCAUGUCUGCGAGGGAAAAAGCCAUUCCGAGCAAGGACAGCGUCAGCCUGCUGCCCUGCUUUUAUUUCGUCGAGCUGCCCAUCCUGGCGUCAUCCAUGGUCAGCUUGUACUUCCUGGAGUGGACGGAUUUGUUCAAGCCGGUCAAGUCCGGCUUCAACUGUCACGACCGCAGCCUGAGCCUCCCUUACGUCGACCCCAACCACGAGGUCAUCCCCCUGCCCGUGCUGCUCAGCCUGGCUUUCGCGGGGCCCGCCGUCACGAUGAUGAUCAGGGAGGCCGUCCUGUUUUGUUGUCUGUCUCGAAGAAGGAGCGGCGGCGGGGGCGAGGCCAACCUCAACGCGGCCGGCUGCCACUUCAACUCGUUCAUUCGUCGAGCCAUCCGUUUUGUAGGCGUUCACGCCUUUGGUCUUUGUGCCACUGCCCUCAUCACAGACCUCCUUCAGCUGAUGACGGGCUACCCGGCGCCCUACUUCCUCACGGUGUGCAAGCCCAACUACACCACUCUGAGCGUCAGCUGCGAGCAGAACCCUUACGUCCUGCAGGAUAUCUGCUCCGGGGUGGACGCCGCCGCUAUUAACCGGGGCAGAAAGUCCUUCCCGUCCCAACACGCUACUCUGGCAUCCUUUGCGGCUGUGUACGUUUCGAUGUACUUCAACAGCACGCUGACGGACUCGUCCAAACUGCUCAAGCCCCUGCUGGUCUUCUCCUUCAUCAUCUGCGCCAUCGUUUGCGGUCUGACUCGGAUCAUUCAGUACAAGAACCACGCCGUCGACGUCUAUCUGGGAUUCCUGCUGGGCGGAGCCAUUGCCGUCUACCUGGGCCUGUAUGCGGUUGGAAAUUUCCUCCCAGGCGAAGAGAUGAGCGGCGGCGGCGGCGGCGGCCUCCCUGCCCAGCCCCACUGCCCCACCUGCUCCUUGGCGCACAUUAGCCAGGAGGCGGUCCUUCAUCAGCUGCAAAUGAAAGCCGGCGCGUCAGGGGAGCCCGGCGUUGCCGGCGCCCCGUCGGAAGGCCUUCUCCGUCGCGCUCUCCCGCAGCAGCGGGCCGACGACGGCCUGAAGCGCUCGGGCGGAGACGCGGACGGGAUCUCGGCCCGCGGCCCGCGGGGCAAAGAGACGGCGGUGACCUUUAGCCACACCCUCCCCCGCGUCCACACGCCGCAGGCCAUCGCCGCCUACGAAGAGGCGGCCAGGCGUCACGCCGCCACCCUUCACCGGGACUCCAGCCGUUCCAAGCAGCUUUUGUCGCAGUGGAAAAGUAAAACAACCACAAGUGCCCUCUCCAGCUCCCGCCCCCGGGAGACGUCGCCGGCCAGCCCGCUCAGCACCCUCGCCAUCACGAGGGGUCCGGACGCCGCCUUCGACGCUCACGCCUAUCUGUCCAAACUGGCCGCGGCUGCGGGCGCCGCCUCGCCCGGUAACUGCAGCGGCAUCGCGGGAGGAGCGAGAAUGUUGAUGCAGUCCCGACCCGGGUCCUCCCAGCUGGUCCACAUUCCGGAGGAAUCGCAGGAAAAUGACCACAGCGCUUCCCCGAAAGCGGCGGCGGCGGCGGCGGGGAGCGACGGUCUUUCUCGGGCCGACGCCCCGGCGCAGACUCACUGGCAGAGGGUGGCCGAGAAGGCCGCCGCUUGCGGGCCCAACAAUGACCAAGGGAAGAAAAGCCAGCCGCGAAUGGUGCAAGUGAUGGCCAUGUCCAAGCAGCAGGGGCUCCUGCAGGCCCAUUCCAGAAGCCUGGACGAGAGCGGCACCGGCGGCGCUUCCCAGGGCUCGGCGCGCUACGGGGGGGCCCCCUGCGCCGACAAGGAGCCGGGCGGCGGCGUCGGAGCCAUCGUCAGAAUCGAAGCGCACCCCGAAAACAACAAACCGGUCAUCCAAGCUCCGUCCACCGACGGAAGCGGAUCGUGGCGCUGGCGAUCUCUGGAUCACGGCGGCGCGGGAAGCGGGACCCUGAGGCAGUCCUUCGAUCUGGGCGAUCCCGGCAGGGACUCGGAGAGCUCCGACUCCCUGCGAGAAGGCUCGCUGGACGGCAAGCGCGCUCACGGCGGCGACGCGCUCCAUCAUCAGAGCCUCUCUACCAUCAGGGUGACUCCGGGGGACGCCGGCGGCGGAGACGCGGCGUCAGAAAUGCCCUCGCUCGCCUCCAGUCGGGAAUCCACGCUGCGGCGAAAAGGCCACAGCGUCAUCCUGAUUCCGGAGCGAGGAAACAGCCCGGAGAGCACCCGAAAUGUUUUCUACAAGGGCGCGUCCGGGCCCCAUCCGGAAUAACGCGGCGAGUGACCGCAAUGUGGGCCCGAGGCGGCGAGCUUGAUUUUCAGGGGGCUUUCGCGCUCGGGCCCUGGCUUCCCCUUUCAUCGACCCCGCUUCAUUUCCCGCUUUGCCCCAAAACCCCAACCGGCUGCCGGCUGCGCCUGACAAAAUCAAAAUGCCCGCCCGGCAUUGACGCGACCCGACUGGAGCGAGGUCACCGCCAGGCGGUGGACUCGGCUUGACUCUCCGACGCGCGUUUCUCUCGCAUGUCCCGCUUCCAGCAAAAGAGAUGAAAACAUGGCGAGGACGCGGAGUUUGUCCCAAUCCAGCGCAGCCGGCGCGCAGUCUUCCUCUUCUUCUCUUCCCUUCGCCGACCGAGCGGCAAACACGAGGGCCACGUCAAGUACUUUGCGGAGACGCGCCUCGGUGGUGUUUGGCGAAGGAACGGCGCCGGCAUAUUUCCAGCACCCGAUGCCGCCGCGCGCGCGCCGCCGUAUGACUGUUCCUCGGACGGCGUCGAUCCCCCCCCGUCGAAUGAUUGACGUCGCAUGCGCUUGUUGUCCACGUGAACUGAAGCACAACCUUUGACCUGUCGCCGGGACUCGUCACCGCGUCCUUUGUAGCCACCAUUUUUGUAUCUGUCGUUUACCGGCGCCGUCGCUGGAUUUUCUUUCGUGCUUUCUUCAUUUGAAUCGUCUCGCUAAGUUUGAGAUCCAAACGGCAAAAAGGCGCC